AUGUCCAAAUUAAGAGUUGCACUCCUUCAGCUAAACCCAGUGAUUCAUAAACUUGAAGAAAACAUUCACAGAGCAGACACCAUACUCUCAAAACUCCCCUCAAACAAACCAAUCGAUUUACUAGUUUUACCAGAAUUUGCAUUUACAGGUUACAAAUUCCCAGAUGCUCAAACACUAUCACCUUAUCUAGAGAAAACUUCCAAACCUGGUCCUUCAAUUUCUUGGGCCCAAGAGACUUCCCAAAGGUUGAAUUGUUUCACUGUUUUAGGAUAUCCUGAAUCACAAGGACAGACAACCUUCAAUUCUGCAAUAGUGAUCAAUCCAAAUGGUGAAAUCAUUCAUAAUUACAACAAGUCAUUUCUAUAUGAUGCCGAUGAUCAGUUUGGUGCUUCUGAAGGUGAGGGCUUCAAGACUUUUGAAAUCAAUGGAAUCAAAGCCAGUAUUGGGAUUUGUAUGGAUUUGAAUCCUUAUAAAUUUAAAGCACCAUUUAACAAAUUUGAAUUUUCAAGUCAUUGUUUGGAAAAUGACGUUAAAUUGGUGAUUUGUCCAAUGGCAUGGCUGCAUUCUAAAAGCCCAAGUAUUAAUGAAGAACUUUCCAAAGACGAAAAAUUAAAACUAGCUGGAAAAUUCAAAGCACAAAUUGAGGAAAUUAAAGGUGAAUAUCAAAUAGAUACAAAUGGGGAUAAGAUUGAAAAUUUCGAGGAACUGAAAGAGUUUGAACAAUUAAAAGAACCAGAUUACAACAAUUUGAAUUAUUGGCUUCUGAGGUUUUUCCCAUUCAUGAACCAUAUGAUGAAACCAUACUAUUAUGAGGACAAAGCUACAAUACUUUUCUGUAACAGAUCAGGUGUUGAAGAUGAUGUGCUAUUUGGAGGGACUAGUUCAAUUGUUCAAUUCUUGGGUACUAAAGGUCUUGUGGGCUAUAAUUCAAUAGAUUUGACAAACAAAAGCGUGGAUGUGUUGGGUGCAUUAGGUAAAGGGAAUGAAGGGUUAUUGUAUAGAGAAGUUGAACUUUAA